AUUUGGAAUCAUCCUCCCCCUUUGCGGUUCUGCCAUUGCAUCACCUCCAUCGAUACACUGAAGAUAGUUAAUCUGCAUUCAUUUUGGCCCUCUAUUGUUGGUGUAGGAUAUUCUCAAAUCAUUAUGCUCCUUCCUUCCUUGACCAUAGCUGCUAUCACAGUAGCACUCAAGGCUCAAGAAAUCAUCAAUCAUCAUUGCAAAAAAUAAAGACAAAGGAAAUCAAUAUUUGCUGCUUAGUUAUUGUUGAAGAAAUGGAAAUAAAGAAAAAUGAAAGAAAAUAGAAAAAUUUGUAUUUAUAGACAGUUUUGAUGUGUAAAAAUAAUGGGCAAUCCUUUGAUAUUUAUAGACAAAGGUUUGAACAUAAAAAUAUAAGUGUAGGUGUAAAGUUUGUGUGCACUCCAAGUUUGUGUGCACUCAAUUAUUGUAUAGGCUCCUACAAAAUGACAAAAUUUGCAACAAAGACAAAAAAAUAAACAUUAAAUUAUAGAAAAUACUUGGCCCACCAUUUUAACUGGGCAGCUGUCAAAACCGAUUAAAAAAUUGGAAAAAAUGCAACCCACCAUUUUGGUAAAUCUACAGUGGAAAAUUUUAGACACUUAUUGUCAAGAUUAUAGAUACUACACUACAAUCUAAAUAGAAUCAUCUUUGAACUGCAAUUUAGAGUGCUCUCAACAAGAAAUAUGACAAAGUACAUUGUCUCAUAGGAAACAAUAUGCAUAAAAAUAUCCGUCCAAGAACCACCCUCUUUGUUUCAAUGAAUUGUUUAUUGUUUCAUUAACAUGCUUCUCAACCAUUUAUACAUAUUAACAACCAAAACCUAAACACCUAAGUUGAUUUUUCUUUUGUUGGAGUCUUCUAUCUGAGCAAUGGCAGAUGAGGUGAUCCUAUUGAAUUUCUGGCCAAGUCCUUAUGGCAUGAGGGUCCUAAUUGCAUUAGAGGAAAAGGGUAUUAAGUAUGAGAACAGAGAAGAAGAUUUCAGCAACAAAAGCCUUUUACUACUACAAAUGAACCCAAUUCACAAGAAAAUACCAGUAUUAAUUCAUAAUGGCAAAUCCAUUUGUGAGUCACUAAAUAUUGUUGAAUAUAUUGAUGAGGUUUGGAAUGAUCGUUCUCCUUUGUUUCCUUCUGAUCCUUACCAAAGAGCCCAAGUUAAAUUUUGGGCUAACUACAUUGACACUAAGAUAUAUGAGAUUGGGUUUAAGUUUUCAAAAGCUGAAGGAGAGGCUAAAGAAGCUGCAAAAAAAGAAUUUCUUGAGGCUGUUAAAGUGUUGGAAGAACAACUAGGAAACAAACCUUAUUUUGGUGGAGACAACUUUGGCUUUGUGGAUGUGGCCCUUGUUCCAUUGUUUUGCAUGUUCUAUACUUAUACUUUUGCUGGGAAAUUCAUUGAUGAUGAAAAAUAUCCUAAUAUCACUUCUUGGGCAAAAAGGUGUCUUAAAAAGGAGAGUGUAUCUAAGUCUAUUCCUAAAGAAGACAAGGUGAAACGUUUUCUAGAGGAGAAUGGACUUUCACAACGUGGACAUUAGAGGCACGGUUCUAAGGGGAUGUGUCUUCUCGAUAAAAUUUUAAAUUGCAGUUGCGAUCGCAGUCACAACUAUGAUUAUAUUGUUAUCUUUGAUAUUGUGAAAACUUGUGAUGUUGUAAUGAAUAAUGCAGAAACCUUGAUGUUUAUGACUGCUGUAGGAGUUAUGGACCAUAAAUUAUAGAAUCAUGUUUUUGAAUAAUAAAAAUAGCAGAACAAAAAUGGUAUUUGGGUGUGCCAUUCGUUUUGCUACUUAUGAUCUUCUCAAUGGAUAUUUCUAUAUUUCUCAAUGCAAUAUUGUUUAAGGUAAUUUUUAACCAAGCUAUUAAUGUCCAAGUCAAAGUUGUAUGAAUUCAUACU